AAAACUGCCCCUCCAUCAACACUGGAACUUACCAGACCUUCCACGCACAAGCAUAGCACAAUGGAGGCUACCGUCGUACCACUUCCACUGCCCGUGCUGCCGGAGGGCUGGGAGGGCGAGAACGGCUUCAAGGUGAUUGGCAAGAUCACCAAGGAGAGCGCAUCGCAGCGCACGCUCGAGCCGGUCGGCCCGUACUUCCUCGCCCAUGCUCGCCGCGCCCGCCACAAGCGUACCUUCUCCGAGGAUGACCGGAUUCAGGCGCAGGAGCGGGCCAAGAAGGUUGAGGAUGAUAACGACAGCGAGAUCAGCGAGCCCGAGGACGCCAUGAUGCUGCAACGAGACGCCAAGGACUGGAAGACGCAGGACCACUACAAGGUGCUCGGUCUCUCAAAGUACCGUUACAAGGCCACCGAGGAGCAGAUCAAGCGUGCUCACCGGAAGAAGGUGCUGAAGCACCACCCGGAUAAGAAGGCUGCUGCUGGCCGCGCCGACGAUGACAACUUCUUCAAGUGCAUCCAGAAGGCCACCGAGAUCCUGCUCGACCCGGUCAAGCGCCGCCAGUACGACUCGGUCGACGAGGAGGCGGAUGUCGACCCACCCACCAAGAAGCAGUUGGCUAAGGGCAACUACUACAAGUUGUGGGGCAACGUUUUCAAGUCGGAGGCCCGUUUCAGCAAGGUCCACCCGGUGCCGUCGUUCGGCGACGAGAACUCGACCAAGGAGGAGGUGGAGAACUUCUACAACUUCUGGUACAACUUCGACAGCUGGCGGACGUUUGAGUACCUGGACGAGGACGUGCCCGAUGACAACGAGAACCGGGACCAGAAGCGGCACAUGGAGCGCAAGAACGCCAACGCGCGCAAGAAGAAGAAGGCCGAGGACAACGCGCGCCUGCGCAAGCUGCUGGACGAUUGCUCCGCCGGGGACGAGCGCAUCAAGCGCUUCCGGCAGGAGGCCAACGCGGCCAAGAACAAGAAGCGGCUCGAGCGCGAGGCGGCCGAGAAGAAGGCUGCGGAGGAGGCCCGUCUGAAGAAGGAGGCCGAGGAGAAGGCGGCGAAGGAGGCCGAGGAGAAGGCCAAGGCAGACCGCGAGGCGGCCAAGAAGGCCAAGGAGGCGGCGAAGAACGCUGUCAAGAAGAACAAGCGUGUGCUUCGCGGGUCUGUCAAGGACGCCAACUACUUUGUCGAGGGCGAUGCCUCUGCGGCGACCAUCGAUGCCGUCCUGGGCGAUGUCGAGUUGGUGCAGGCCAAGAUCGAUGCCGACGAGAUUGCCGCUCUGGCGGGCAAGCUGAACGGGCUGAAGGUGGCGGACGAGAUCAAGAGUGUCUGGAAGGAGGAGGUCGAGAGGCUCGUGGCGGCUGGGAAAAUCAAGGAGGGAGAGGUCAAGGCGCUUGUUGCGUGAGGGGACAUAUUCGGGUUGCAUUAGAGUGGGCAAUUGUAGAUCUCUCAGGUGCAUGCAUACACAGUGGGCUUUGACGGGUAUGAGAAAAGAAUCGCUGGCAUAUAAAGCCGGUUCGAUAUUUGCCACUGACAUCAACAGUGACUGGGACGGACUCCUUGUGACCUGUAGGGGGAGUGGUUCAACAACCUAUCCGGGAAUUAGUAUUUUCGUAGCUAGGCCUAACAUCAGCGAAAGCAGCAACUU